AUGUUUAAUGGAAGUUCAGAAGAGACAUGCCCCACGUGGCACACUGUACAUGGCUUGGCUGGUGCAAUGGAAGUGUACGAGCACUUGUUCAAAAGGUCCUUGGCGAGCUGCAAGCUGUUUUGGUGUGAAAGAUGGACAAAGAAGAGCUUGCUCAGAUUUCAUACAUAUGCAGUAUGCAUUCUCAAUGGUUCCAAAUGUCCAAGCUGUUGCGAUUCGCAGCGUUGGUCAGAUGUAUGUAUCCUACUUUGGGGUGUUGCGGGGCCGGCUAGGAGAUCCACGAAUGCAGAGGUUAGUUUGCGCAGCUUGUAG